AUGUCAGUCAAUGUUGGGCGCUUUUCAGUGCGGGGCAGUGUUUUAUGGCGAAGACUUGGACCUAUUCGAUUAGGAAGUGUGCAUUGUCAAAAUAUAAAGCAAUUUGUUCCUCUUCUCCUUCAUAUCAUACCCCUUAUGAACUCACCAACUUACUCAUCAAGUGAGACUUCAAUUUGCAAUGUUACAACAACAGUUAGCACUGAUCGCUACUUCCCUCUCUCCAAAUUAUUUUUGCCUGCUGGAACUGAAAGGGGGUUAUCCUUCAAGCGUAUCACUUCCAUGCGUUUACCGAAAGCGAAGAAAUCCAAGUCCUCAUUGCGGUAUCUCAAACGGCGUUGCAUCGAUGUUAAGUUCUACUUUGUCGCGAUGCGUCGUUAUCGUGGCCAGAGAAGGGUCUCCUGCUCCCCUCGAAGAUCGGUGCCAUUGGCUAAUGAGAUCGGUGCUUCCAUGGACUCUGCAAACAACCCACAAUUCGAGGGUGUUCCGCAUGUCGCUUACUCAAUAGGUCUUUGUCCAUAUUUGCCCGGGAUUAACGUACAGCAUCGAACAACCCCACGCGAGUGGCAUUGCAUCAACGAAUUCGCUGAUUCCUUGUCCCGCAUUAUCUUGCGAGACCUUCACCUCCCUCCACCUUCAGCCGACUUCAAGUCUGCGACCACAAAACUGUUACAUAAUAACCAUAUUCAUAAUUGUCAGCAACAGCUCAUCGCACCCCAAUCAACUCUCAUUCAAUCGGCUCUUGGCCAUAACAGCAUCGCCUCGCUGCUCGAGGCUACCGCCUCUCGCCUCGAGCAGGUCAUAAUGGGCGAGGCUCUUUGUUCCAUCCUCCCACGACCUAAAUCACCACCACCGCCGCUGUCUUCGCGCCCUUCUUCCCCACGGUACACGCUUGUCCGCUUUGCCGAGGAUGUAACCUCCCAGGUCAUGAAAAAGGCUUGCCAGUCUGCAAAGAGGCGCAUGCGCGCCAUUCAAUGGGUUGCUGACUCGGUGCUGUGCUCCCCGGUAAUCAUGACAUCUUCGGAUUCUCAUUCUGCAUUGGCAAACGUCGCACCAACGCUUUUGGAUGAUGAGGAAUCAUUUCAUCACCUAUUUGGAAACGAGACGGAAAUGGUCAACCUGCUUCAGUGA